AUGUUCUAUCCACUGGAACUGCCCAGAGUCCGUCGUCCACUUUUCAGGGACUAUGGCGGCCAAUCGGGACUCAUCCCGACGCAGCGGCAUGCCGGGAAGGGCAGGCGCUUGGGAAAACUGUGGCACUUUAUGCUGCCAUAUCUCAAGGACUACGCAGAAGGGUCCUCCGUGCACGGCAUAAGAUAUCUGGCGGAUCCCAAGAUGAGGAACUGCACUUCACACUUCAGGCUGAUUUGGCUGCUGAUUUUGGUGGCCACCAGCAUAGGUGCCAUAGUGGUUUAUGUGGACCUCAACGAACUUUACCAAAGGGUGCGCAUACAGACCACCAUUAGGAACACGAUGCUCCCGAUUUUCCGCAUACCAUUUCCCUCGAUUGGCUUCUGUCCCAGGAACCGUCUGAACUGGAUGGUACUCGAGAACGAGGCAGUGCAUCACUUCCUGGGCGCCAACGCGUCUGCUGCCCAAAAGCAUCUCUUCAUAGAGUUCUUCACGGCGGCAGGCGAUCCUCACCUGGCGCGCCUGAAUGACAUGUCCAACUUCUUUGAGAAUAAAACUCUGUCUGAUGAGCUCCACAUGCUGGAUCACCUCGACCUUCGCGAGGUCUACAAGUUCAUCCAGUUCAAGUGCCAGGACUUGUUUCACAUCUGCCACUGGCGGGGAAACCCAGUAAACUGCUGCGAGCUCAUUGAGUAUCAGUUCACAGAGUCCGGCUUGUGUUUUGUCUUCAACACGGAAAUCAGUCCGGUAUCGCGACAAAAAGCCAAGGAGAACAAAUACUAUCCCCUGCGCACCCCGCAGUAUGGCGAGGGUUCUGGCCUGGAUGUCUUCGUGCGGCUCAACAGAUCCUACAUUCGUCCUGGGAAACGGGACAUAAACGUGAUGAUCAAGCAGCCGCAGCAGUGGAGCGACGUGGUGCGCCAUGUGCCACAUGAGGCCCACACCAGGAUCAGUGUAACGCCCCGAUUCACAGUCACGGAUGAGCGAACCCGAGCGGUGACUCCGGAGGUCAGGCGAUGCAUCUUUGCCGAUGAGGUCCACAAUCCGCACUACAAGAAUUUUCCGGACUUCGACUACUGGGUGGGGAACUGCCGGAGCCGGUGCCACCAGGAACAUGUCAUCCAACUGUGCAAGUGCUCCCCCUCUAUCUUCUUUCCCAUCUCUGACAAGGAUAACUUUACGGUGUGCAAAGCCUCGGACUUCAAGUGCCUCUACGACAACAGGGUUACCUUCAGCAUUGAACGGCAUCCCGAGGAGGACGACUACGUUAAGAAUCCCUUCAAGGAGAGCAUGAUCUGCGACUGCUUCACCAGCUGCACUCAGCUGAUUUUCGACAGGGUGUUCACCACCACCACUUUGGAUAAUAAUGAAACGGACACCGAGGCGGGCACAAUGCGACUGGAUAUCUUCUACCAGUCCGGAUGGUUCAUCCAAUAUCAAACCACCAUGAGGUUUACCUUUGUGGAACUACUGGCCAGCUUUGGUGGCAUAAUAGGGCUGUUUUUGGGAGCCUCCUUGCUGAGCGCCUUCGAAUUGGCCUACUACUUCUCAAUUGGCCUCUAUUUGUACAUUCAUGACAAGAGAAAGUUGAAAAAGCCGCAACCCCGCGUUGUAACUAUUCCAUUUGGCCAGAGGAAAAUAACGCCCAUUAAGUUUUGA